AUGGACUACUCGUACCUGAACCAAGCCAACUUCGACGGUCUGACCGGCACCACCACGGCCGCGUCCAACAUGGACCACGCGGCGAUGGGAUACGGCGACCUGACCACGUGCGGUCAGAUGACGCACGCCGCGUACCGGUUCGGUCCCACCGCGUCGAUGGCCGCUCGGUCGUACAACACGGCCAUGGGCCAUCAUCUGUCGGCCGCCGCGGCCGCCGCGGCUGCCGCGUCCGGCAACGGGCACAACGGCACCGGCGUCACGUCCGCAGCCGCCGCCGCAGCCGCCGCCGCCGCCCGUGGACACCACCACGGACACCACCAGGACCACCAUCCGGGCCGGCCGACCAUGUUCUCGACCGCGAUGAACUUGCCAGGUGGAUUAGCAGCGUAUAAAAGUCUUCCGUACACCGCUCAUGACAGUAUUCUAACGGAAAAAAGAAAACAAAGGAGAAUACGGACUACUUUUACUUCAGCACAGCUGAAAGAAUUGGAAAGAGCUUUUCAAGAAACACAUUAUCCUGAUAUAUACACCAGAGAAGAGAUUGCCAAACACAUAGAGCUUACCGAGGCCAGAGUUCAGGUGUGGUUUCAAAACCGUCGGGCGAAAUUCCGAAAACAAGAAAGGCUGGCCCAGCAAAAAUCGUCGCAAUCCAGCAGCAGUAGCACGGUAGAUGCGACCAGCAUAAAAACCGAGCCGAAACAAUGUGGUCAAUCAAAAGACGGCAAGCCUGGCACACCGUCCACGCCUGGUAGCAUAUCUUCGAACAAUGGUUCUACUGACAUGAAAUCAGUCAAUGGAUCAGCGAUAAAAAUGUCGGAGCAGUCAGAAGGGGUGAACAACAACAAAUGGCUGUUGGGCCAGGGCCAGAAUUACACGCAGCUCCAUCACCAGCUUCAGCAACAGUGUGGCGGUGGAAGUGGUGGUGGCGGUGGUGGUAGUGGAGGCGGUGGUGGCGGUGGUGGUGGCGGCGGAAACGGGUCGCCGGGAAACAAUUCGCCGGCUCACAAGAUGAACGGCAGUGGCGGCACGCACAAUCAUAAUCACCACCAUCACCACCACUCGCCGACGUCCCAUCACCAACAGUUCGCCCAUCACCCGUUCAGUCUGUUGGGCGCCGCCGGGCCGGCCGGCUACCUGCUCGGUUCCGACUCGCUCAAGGUCACCGGUGGCGGUGCGGGCGGAGGCCCUGCCGGGUCCAAUCACGUCUUGUUCUGAACUACGCUGCAACGAACCGCGGGCAAACUUGGUCACUAUACUAUAGUAAUAAUAUUAGGUAUAUUAUUAAAUCACGACAAACGAACGAGUGACGGUACACCGAAACAUCAAAAUGUCACUCCGCCACGAUAACUGCAGGUCGUGCACGAUCAACGACGAAAGCAUUUUCACCGUUUUGUAAAUAAUAAUAUUAUUAUAAAAUAUAAGUAAUACACGCAAAAACAUUUAUACACUGUAAACAGUGUUGUUAAUAGGUAAUAAUUUAAGAAACAUAAUAUUGUCUUACGCGUUGUGAGGAUAAACCGUAAAGUUUAUAUUGUAACUUUUAUUUUAUUUUGAUUUUUUUUUUUUUUUUUUUUAAUUAUGUGUAUUUUGAUUUUUUUUUUCGAAUAUAAUAACAAUUCAAAUAGGUAUAAAUGGUAUAAUAUGCGAUUCGGUAUAGAUGAUUUACACAAAUACCUAUAAAAUAAUAAAUAGCGGCAAAGGAUGCGAAAUCGUCAUUGUAAACCGUCAAAACUCGUGAGGUUUGAUGCGCAAAGAAUGUAUAAUCGUGGCCGUCGCCGCGGAGAAUGACGGGGCUGCCCGGAAAUGGGUCUACGAGGGUGUUUUGUAGCCCUACCCCCUAGAUUUCAAAUUUCCAGAUUUUUGCCUGGUGUAACCGAAGCGGUUUUCGCCGGGAUUAUAUUUUUAUUCUAUAUUUAUCACACAUAAUAAGUAGGUAAUAUUCAAAAAUAAUAAUGACCUCCAUAAUGUUAAUAUAUUGUGCGAUUACAGCACUCGUGUGUUUUCUCCACGUGUUUAUAUGAACACGUUUAUUAAUUGUAGCCCAAACUGUUUUCGGUCGGUCUUGUGCGAAACGACAACGAUUUACAAUGAGCCUGUAUCUAUAUAUAUAUAUAUUAUAUAAAUACGGGGUGGGUACACUAUGGUCCACCCCAAAAAAAUAUACACCUAAACACGCCCUUCGAAUUUUCUGUUAUGUAUUUAUAUAUGUGCACGUGUGUGUGUAAAUGUGUUUAGAAGAAAACAAAACACAUCAAAGUGCACUUCGGUGGCCGAUAAUACCCCGCUCGUACAGUAAAUCGUUCCAUGGGGUUAAUCGUUCGAGUGUACAUAACUGCAGUAACCUCUGUAGAUCCGCAUAAAGUGAGGAAGCGAAGAUCAAAAGAAUGGCAGUUGCCCCAAAGAGAAAAAUUUUUGAGGAUAUGAACAUACCUAUUUUAUGUGUAUUUAUGAAUAUGUUUUAUUAGCAUUACCCACGUAUCUCAAAAAUUAUAAGAAAACUAGAAUAAAAAAAAAAAAGUUAUUAAUAUCAGAUCGUUGAUUUAUAAUGGUGAAACUCUGUAAAAAUAUGUUUUACUGUUAGCUUAACACCAUAAGUUUUACACUUUGGUGAUUCACUUUUAGACAAUAGAAACUUGUGUUAUUUUUGUAUGGCCUAUUUGGAGACGAUUAAUCACAAUAUUUUCAUUUCCGUUUAAACGAUUUUAUUAUUUUGCCUUAUAUUAUUUAUUAAAUAUUAAAGUAAAAAACUUGACCACACUCAUAAAAACACUUGUUACAAGACCUCUAUAGAACAUCAUUGUUUUCUGUUGCAUUUAUCUACUGUAGUAGUAUAAUAGUAGUAAAAGUGUUGCCAAGACGUAGCAAGAGUAGGUAGGAUUCAUAGGAUCGUUGGAUAUUUUUGGAAUUCUUCUUUUUUUAUUUUUACUCAACUCUUUAUUAAUACCCAAUAUCAAAUGAGUACAACGAACUGCUAUACGUCGUGACGUCAUAAAAUAAUAAUAAAUAUUACUAUUAUACGAUGUGAUAGGAUUAAGAAACGUCUAAAAAUACGUACUAAAUAGCUGUUUACAUUACGUAAUAAAGGUGUCUGAACAGAUAGCUUCUAGUGGAACUGUUUCUGCAGUGGGCGAUAAUUUUUUAUCAUUCAUAUGCGGUGAUGUUGGACGAUAAAAGUUUUAUCAGGUUCGGAUUAAGAUAUAAGCUGUAUAGGCUGCUAUCAUCCACAAUGUUUUUUUUUCCUUAUAUGAUAAAAAUCAUUUUUAAAAUGAAAAUUGUCACAAUUGUAUCGCAUUAUUGCAGGAUAGAUUGUAUCCAUACCUAAAAUCGUGUUGUUAUCGUAGUGGCAUACUGUCAUUCAUUUAAGCUUGUUUAUUUACACCAUUCGUACCAUGGUAUGUUUAAAUUUAUUAUAAUAUAUCUAUGUUAACAUCAAUUUGUAUUGUUUUAUUUUUUAACAUAAAAUAUAG